AUGGAAAACAAAUCGAGAGCAGAUUGCCAAGCAAACCAACACAGGGUCUCGGUCCUGAUCGCAGGUGCAGGGCCAUCUGGGCUGAUACUUGCGCUGCAGUUGGCGCGCUAUGGAGUGAGAAGCAUGCUGAUUGAGCGCAACCAAGAUACCACAAAAUGGCCCAAGAUGGACAUCACAAACUGCAGAAGCAUGGAACUCUUCAAGAACCUGGGCAUUGAUAAAGACUUACGAGAUUUCGGAGUUCCUCAAGAUUACUCCUUUGACGUUCUGUUCAGCACUGGUCUAUCGGAAGACGGCGAUCUGCUGUGCAAGUGGGAUCUUGCGUCGCCUAAUGCGUGGAAAGACCAUAUAAAGCAGCAGAACGAUGGCAGCUAUCCUCGAGAGCCAUACCAACGUAUCUCACAGGCACUUUUUGAGGCACGAAUGAAAACCAGGAUACAAGAAGAGCCACUCAUUGACCUCCGUUUCGGGUUCAAACUUGAGUCUUACUUUGAAACUGAUAAGAACAUUGUAUCAUGUGUUGUCGAUGUCAAUACGGGCGCCAUUCACAAAGUUCAAAGCGACUACUUAGCAGGCUGCGAUGGAGCCAACAGUCAAGUACGCAAAAGCCUUGGUUGCCAAAUGAUAGGGGGGCCAGUGCCUGGUGCAAUGUAUCUCGUUCACUUCAAGUCUAGCGACCUUACCGCGCUUCAUCGUCAGGGGCAGUUCUGGCAUAUCUUCUUCGUCACUGGAAGCGUAAUCAUCUCUCAAGAUGAAGUUGACACAUGGACCAUUCAUCUACCCAUCUCGCUCCACACGGAUUGGAAGUUGCUCGACCCACUGCAGUGUAUAUACAAAGCUCUGGGGGGCAUUCACGCACCUUGCCCGAUCAAGGUUGAUCAAAUAUUAGUGUGCAGCUUUUGGAGGCCGAACAUAUGCAUUGCAGAUCGAUAUGCGUCGGGAAGUCUGCGCGUCUUUCUAUGCGGCGACGCUGCCCACCAGAAUAUCCCAACGGGGGGGUAUGGCAUGAACACAGCAGUUGGCGACUGUUUUGAUCUGGGUUGGAAGCUUGCUGCCGUCAUCCGAGGAUGGGGCGGCGAGUCCCUCUUGAAAUCAUACGAAGCUGAGCGGAAGCCCGUAGCGCGCACUAACAUCGAACGUUCCGGGGUUCAUCACCAGGUUCACCAGGACUACGUGAGAUGGGUGUCUCAAAUGAGUGCCCGGGGUGGUAUCCCUGAUUUGGAAGUUGGAAGCGUUCUUCGCCAGCAGAUUAUCGAUCAUAUCAAUUCUCACGAUGGGGAAAACAAAGAUCAUGGUAUUGAGCUUGGGUACCGGUACAAUGAUUCUUCCGUGAUCAUUCCGGAAACGGCGACGACGGAGCCCGAAUGGAAUGCUCGGCAAUAUGUUCCCUCAACUUGGCCAGGUGCUCGGGCUCCCCACGUCUUCCUAUCAGACGGAGAAACAAGCACACAUGAUCUCUUCGGGCCCAAUUUCACGCUGUUUGACUUUUCUCAAGAUGGGGUCUGGCUAGCUAGGUUCUCAGGCUUGUGUGAUGCUCUCAGCAUCCCGCUCAAGACGGUGCAACUCUCUGAGGAGGAGCAUGUGCACAAGAUCUGGCAGAGAGAUUCGGUGCUAAUUCGUCCAGAUGGCCAUGUCGCCUGGAGGUCGCCCGUAGGCAGCGACCAAGUGGACAUAGAAAAGGUCCUGAGACUUGUUUCAGGCCAUGGAGAGCCAGGAUCGCAACUUCCUUCCUCGAAGAUUUAA